AUGAAGUUGCUUUAUCUACUUGCAUUGGAAACUACAAGUCUCUUUGAAAAAGUCAACAACAAUGGUCAUCUAACGUUUACUGAGCCGCUGCCUGACUACAUUCCUCUUCUGAAUUCUGGAAGAGACAUCAUUGCUCCUCUCUGGACUCAACUUGACAAUCGCCGUGGUGGAACUAUCUCCUGUAGAGAGGAUAGGAGCAGUGCUGUUCUGGCACUAGUCACUGCAGCUAUUGACCGAUACUUCCCUAACAUAACUUUUGUUGCUACAUCAGCUUUUGUGGCUACCUGGGAUAGUGUGCCAUACCAAAAUGGUGAAGGGGAGGUCACAUUCCAAGUGGUUUUAGUCUCCAACACCCAUCGCUCUUUCAUCCUCAUCAACUAUGGAGACAUUGCAGAGACAGAACAAAUGUGGCAGGCUGGUUACAGCACGUUGGACUCUGUCCAUUCUUUCACAAUUCCAGUAACCAGCGCCCCAGAACUCUCUUCCAGCAGCAAUAUCAAUGUGAAUGGUCGCCGCUCUUUCCAUGUGGAUGGCUCACCGAACUUGCCAACAAAUUUCCUCGCUUCUGGGGCUGGAGACAGAGUGAACCCCCCUGCUGAGGAUGGAAGCUCCGAUGUCAUUUUCUUGCAGCAGCCUUUCAGAUACUUUGGACGCACAUACAAUCAGAUCUUCGUGAACAACAACGGCUACUUGACAUUUACCGAGCCGCUGUCUGCCUACAACCCCACACUGGAUUCCGCAAGAGACAUCGUUGCUCCUCUUUGGACUCGCCUUGACAAUCGACGAGGUGGAACUGUCUCCUACAGAGAGGAUACAAGCAAUGCUGUACUGGCACAAGUCACUGCAGCCGUUAACCAAUACUUCCCUAACAUACCUUUUGCUGCUACAUCAGCUUUUGUGGCUACCUGGGACAGUGUGGCGUACCAUAAUGGCGGAGGGGUGGUCACUUUCCAAGUGGUUUUAGCGUACAAUGUUCAUCGCUCUUUCAUCCUCAUCUAUUAUGGAGAUGUUGCAGAGACAGGACAACCUUGGCAGGCUGGUUAUAACACCGUGGACUCUGCCAGCUCUUUCACAAUUCGGGCAGCACGUGUCCCUGAACUCUUAUCGAGCAGUAAUAUCAAUGUGAAUGCUUGCUGGUCUUUCCAUGUUGAUGGGUCACCAAACCUGCCAUCUAAUUUCCUACCAUUUGGAAACGGAGAAAUAGUAACCCCCCGUUUGGAGAAUGGAAGCUCUGAAGUCAUUAAAUUGCAGCAGCCUUUCAAGUUUUUUGGACGCACACACAACCAGACCUUUGUCAACAACAAUGGUCAUCUAACGUUUACUGAGCCGCUGCCUGACUACAUUCCCCUUCUGAAUUCUGGAAGAGACAUCAUUGCUCCUCUCUGGACUCAACUUGACAAUCGCCGUGGUGGAACUAUCUCCUGUAGAGAGGAUAGGAGAAGUGCUGUUCUGGCACUAGUCACUGCAGCUAUUGACCGAUACUUCCCUAACAUAACUUUUGUUGCUACAUCAGCUUUUGUGGCUUCCUGGGAUAGUGUGCCAUACCAAAAUGGUGAAGGGGAGGUCACAUUCCAAGUGGUUUUAGUCUCCAACACCCAUCGCUCUUUCAUCCUCAUCAACUAUGGAGACAUUGCAGAGACAGAACAAAUGUGGCAGGUGAGUGGUGACAGGUCCUUCUAAACUUUACAAAUGAGACAAAUGAGACAAAUGACAAGGCAUUUCCCUUGCCUCACGUCACACCUUACAUUCUUCUGAAAGGCAGUAAAUUCUGGAACAGGUUGAGGACCUAACAUCGAU